UUUCUUCAUUGUUUUAAAAUUAAGCAGCAACCCCAGCGAUGCUUUUUAGUGAGCAAAAUUUGUAGAUGACAAACCAAGCAGUCACUAUAAACACAUUGUUUUUUAUGUGAUAGUCAAUUAUUUAGUACUUAUUUCAGCUCUAAAAGCAUCAUUUGCGUGAAGCUGAAAUGGAGAAACUUUAUUUUACACCAUGCCCACUGACAGCUGGGACAGGCUCCACUCCCCUCCGACCCUGAAUUGGCCAAACGGUUAAGAAAAUGGGUGUACGUCUGGACCAUGCUGUCAGGAACACCCACACUCUGCCAUUAAUUCUUAACAUCAUUAUUCCACCUGCACGCAGCAUGGCUGUUUCCAGCUCUGCCAGCACACAGCUUUGGAAAAAUCCACAAGUUGUGUGAAUACAAAUAUUUUUUGAGAACAGCCUAAUCUAACUUGACGGCCACUGAACUGUCUCUGGACUCUCUCGCCACUCUCUUGAGGCGUCCCUUGUUCAAACACACAGAUUAACCUACAGUCAGACUGUAAGAUUUAUGUGAAUUUUCUCUUUGGGGUAGAUUGCAGAAGAUUGCAUGAGCAUUACGUUGGAUUCAGCUUAGCAUCCAAAGCUAGUACACGAGUGGGAGUGAGCUCUUUGGUUUUGUUGACUCCUUUGUUUGGUGCUCAGUAAAUGUCUGUUUUUACUCCUGUUUCUUUCGUCACUCUCUGUCCUGCUUAUUCUUCAGGGUGGAGGACUGAUUGGAUAUCAAAAACGCUAUUUUAAUUAGGUGGUAUACACGAGGAUGGGAGGGAUUACACGUCGGAUUACACAUUAAAAAUAGCCCCUUCCCACUUUGCAUGCUUCCCUGUCUCUGUGUCUAAUCUGACUGUUGUCUGAAUAAUGCUGUUAAUCCACAGCAGCUCCCGAAGAAAGAAACAAAAUCCUCAUUUCAGUGUUAAUGAACGAUAAUUAUUACAGAUGGAGUCCUUCAGGCGUGUUUGUAAUUAAAAGACAACUCACACACACAAACGCAAGCGCACAAGGAGUAAACAAGUCAGUAUUGUGCACACUCCUCCAGAACUGAACAAACAGGCUGUGGGAGUUUUUUGAGCUAAAGUAACUGGAGUGAUUUACAUUUACACCUUCUUUUUUUUCCGAAUAUGAUUAUUCUUAACCUCUGUCUGAAGACAUCUCAGUUUUCAGUGCAGAGGAAUUUGAAACAUGGUGCCGCGUCUCUUCAGGGGAGUGCAGGAGGUAAAAGGGACGAGUGUUUGGUCCACUCAUCCACACAGUCAGCAGCUGGAGCUGCAGCAGAGUCUCAAACAGCUCACAGAGGCAAUUUACGGCACUUAUGCUCUCUCCUUUCUGAGUCAUACCUCCAUCAAGGGUCAGCACGUGGAUUUGCACAUGCACAGUUUUAGAUCAAGUCUGAAUCAAAAUGCAAACUGUCGUGAAUAAUUAUCCACAAGCUGCCUUAAAGACAAGAUGUUCUGCAAAAGCACAGAGUCAUAACUUAAACUGCAACAGUCUCUGAGCUCUGAGGUAUAAAAAGCACCUGUGCCUGUACACAAUCACUAGAAAUAUCCAGUUAAAAACUGCUACAAAACUUUGUCAAGUUUCUCUCCAAAAGUUUAAUUUCUACCAUGCAUGCAUACAGAUUUUACCACAUUAUGGCUUAACGGCUAAAUCCAAACACGUUUGCUCGUACAACACGAUCACUCUAAAAAUGUCACUGCCGUAACAAGGACAGCAGUCUUCCAUCACAGGGUUAAAGGUGAUGUCUUCUUCUGCUGUGCACAUGCACAACAGCAUGACUAGCCAAUAUUGUCCUGCUUCAGCUGCUGAUUGGCGGGGGUGGGACAUAUGUUUAAUUAGAUUGCUCGAAUCUAAACUGUGCUUGGGCACACACCUUCCCAGAAUGGCAACUGCACCUCAGUAACUGCACUAGAGCCGUUUGUUGGUAAUACGGAGUCUAAACACACUAUAUUGAUAAUGCCUCAGUUAAGCAAAAUGUAAUCAGCUGUAAUAGAAUCUAGCUUGAUCAUUACCAAUAGAGCAGCUAGUGUUCAUUGUCAUUUUCAAAGCUCUGACACUAUGUGUAUAGACUCAAUCAAUUCUCUCCUUGUCUGUGUUUCAGUCACUGUUUUGUGUGAGAUUUAUUUGAUCCUCCGUCAACCUCUCAGUUUCACCACAGACGGGUAUAAAUGCAAACAAUGAAAUCACUCACUGCAGCUUAGGCUCCACAUUGAUUCAACACAGCACUGAAAGACUUCAGUGUGUCGGAGUUUACAUUUAAUACCUUAGAUUUUCGUUCAGGAUUCUUUGACUGUCUCUGUUACUCUUUCAUUGUUCUUAUAACCACUGUAUGCUUUCUGGGUUGGGCGUUGCCAUUAUCUCCAAUCAUUUUCAGCGUCAGACACUGAAAGUCUCUGCACCAGCAUCUAUUAAUACUACAAAGCAUGCAACUUGCUAAUGCUGACAGUGCGUUAUUCUAGUUAUUAUGCAGGAGCUUAACGUGUUUCACUGAGCGCGCUGGAACAUAAACACGAGUUUCAUUCUAACUGUGGAGUUCGGCCUCUGCUUUUUAAUCUGUGGUUCGCUUUUCAGACUGCACACUGAAACCACAGUAAGUGGUAAAAGUUUGAAACUGGGAUGUUGCGUCAUUGUUGUGGUUUUAACAUCUAAGUUGCACCACUUGUCUAAUUCUAAGGCUUCAGUAGGCUUCUAUCCUAUUUGUAGGAUAGAAAUACACCUGUGUGUCCUUAUAUGAGAUCACACAGGGGCUGAGGCACGGAAGCCCAUCCGUGAGAGGCCAAAUGAAAUUCUCGGUUAAGAGGCUGGAAGUAAAUCUCAACACAGGGAAUGACAAAUCAAACAGAACAGCUCUUAAGCUGCUGUGAAUGAGCAUCCUGUCAGGAGGAAGUUGGACUCACUGAAAUCUGCCAGUUUGCUGGUAGUGAAGGAAGUGCCUUUUAUUUGUAAUUGAAACCAUCCAUCCAUUUUUUGUUCAUUUAUUCAGUUCAGGGUCGCGAUGGGGCUGGAGCCCAUCCAUGUCCAUGUCACAGGGCGCUGUGCCAGUGUACACCCUGAACAUCUGUUUCAGAGCCAACACAUAGACCAUUCAUGCUUACCUUCCUAUAGUCAGUUGCACCAGUUAACCUAACCCCAUGCAUGUCUGUGGACUGUGGGGAGUACCCAGGGAGACGGCGCUAACCACCACACUGCUGCGUCUCUCCAUGAUUGAAACCACCUUAGCAAAAGAAUGGCUGAAAAGCUCGAUUUGCUUUUUAAUGUGUGCUUCAUUGAGGUUGCUUUGAGUGCACCAGUAAGGCCUCAUUUAGAUUUCUGCGGGGAAUCUGUGUGGAGCCUACCACAUAACCAAUGCAAGAGGCCGACAUCAUGCCCGCAUUCAUGCUCGUGCUGCUGUGUUACUGUAUGUGUUGAUUACCUUGUAGUCAUCUCCCAUGUUUUCUAUGAGGUGUAAGCUGAUACUAAGAGCUUCCCACUUCGCCAAGUACUUGCUUGGAGAUCAUCUGACUGUUGGGGUUUGCUCUGUAUUGUUGUAGUGUCUUUACCUUACAAUAUAAACUGCCUUGAGGUGACUGUUGUGAUUUGGGACUGUAUAAGUUGAAUUGAAUUGGAUUUGUGAUGUUAUGAUCAUUUUUUCUCAUAUUGAGAUGAUGUUAGUCAUUCUCUCACUGACGAAUUCAAAAACUGAGAAGAGAAAGUAGUUGGAAAUGCACAGGCAGAAUCACCAGUACUGAACAGGCCGAUCACUAUAGCUGUAGGCUGUUCUUUGAUUUCUUGGGAGAUGCACGUCAGAUUAUGGCGUAGGGUUUCAGAAGGGUUUGAUUUUAUGACUUAGAGAUACAGAGACAGUGUGUCUGUGUGUCUGUGCGCUGUUUACAUGUUGCUCUGACAUUAGUUUAGCUGGUGUUUAUUUUUCAAAUCUUAUUUUCUUCUAACUUUGAAAAGAAUCCUUCAUGCAGACUGGAUUUCUACCUGUGUCAGCCUUUGUUUUACCAGGGGAGCACGUCUCAUAGCUGUAUUAAGUUUCAGACUUUUGAAUUCUUAAAUAUUUUCUUUUCAAAGGAAGAUAAAUGUUGUUGCUUUUUUGGUAUGAAACUCAAAUAGAUCCAGUGUUGUUGAAACGUUACUUUCAAGCACAGGAAUACUUGGAAAGUAAGAGUUUGCGCACAUCUUUGAGAAUUUCCCUGAGUUCUUUUAUGAAUUCAGGUUGUCUCAGUGUCUCUUGUCUCUUUAUGCAAUCCCAGACUGGCUCCAUGAUGUUGAGAUCAGAGCUCUGUGGGGAUCAUAGCAUCUGUAGCAGGACUCCUUGUUCUUCACUUUUUGUAACUGUGGCUGUAUGUUUGAGCUCAUUGUCCCACGGUACAAGGAAUUUGGGACGAUCAGAGUCCCUCCUGAUGGUAGUGCAUGAUGACAACAAGUCUAAAAAAUGCCUGGCAUGGUGUUGUACAUUAAGAUGCUGAAUACACAAGGUUACGUUACGUGUCACACUCCCAGAGGAAGCGCAGAGUAAGUGUAGUAUUCAAACUUAAGAUAAUAGAUAAUCGUCUCAUUUUUGGACUGUGAUGUAAGUAUGUUGGUAAAAUGAUUCAUAUUUAAUGAAAGCAGACACUUGUUUUGGAAGGCGAACAGAGAUCACAUUUGUUUUGAGAUAAGAGCGAUUCCACCACUUUAUUUUCCAUUUAAAAUUAAAAUGGUGUCACAAGGCCCCACAAAGAAACAUGGGAUGGACUUGACCAAUGUAUUGUAGUUAAUCGUCCAGGCCUAGUGUUUGAAAUAUAACCACACUGCCAUGUAGGGUUUUUUUUUUAAACUUUUUUUAGAAACUGGUUACCUUUCAAAUAAAGUCACCUACAUUUUGGUAUCAUCCCUUCAGUCAUCAUUGCUGAUGAUCCCAACCCUAACCCUAACUCUAACUAGAGAUGUUCCUGGCAACUGUUCCUGGACAGUUUAAUAGACAGUGUCAAAAAUUGUCUAUUGUUUUUCUUCAUUAAUGAAUCAUAAUUUAAAUGCUGCCAUUAUGCAUUAUAAACAUUGCACAUUAUAUUUCCAACGCAAAAAGGAAGAAGAAAAGUCUCUCCAGAGUGUCCUGGGUCUGCCCUGGGGCCUCUUCCUGGUAGGACAUGCCUGAUCGGAACACCUUACCCAGUAGGCGACCACUUGAACUGGUUCCUUUCAAUGUGGAGGUAUAACGGCUCUACCCUAAGCCCCCCACCAAAGGACUGAACUCCUCACCGUCUCCUCAUCUCUAAGGCAGCGGCCAGCCACCCUUCAAGUUCUUUUCUGUCCGUUGUAUCCACAAUCUCAUUCUUUUGCCUUUAAAACAACUAACAAUAAUAAUAACAAUAAUGAAAACAGAAACAUAGCUUUAAAGUUUUAUGGCCUUUCUCAUCAACGAUGCUCCAUCUGGUGGCAGAUGGCUCCAUAACAUUUAAGACACAGCAAUUUACCGACACUGGGCAUCAAUCAAAAUGUUAAACGACUACCACGUCUGGUACCGACUAGUGCCUGUAGCAACAAUUAGUCAACUAAUCAUGUACAUCCCUUAUGAAUAUAUUGUUUUUAUUUUCAUAAAAUUUUUCUCUCAAGUCUUGGCAUUCAGGGAACAAAGAAUAACUAUUCUCCACACUCCAAAAGAAGUCCACUUUGCCUUUGUCCAAAAUACAGAAUUAGGAUAAGGUUAUCACUGAUAAUGAUUUCAGCCUUAAAGCUUUUUAAUCUAGGCUUUCCAAACAGGAGAAAAUUCUAUAAAAAGAGGUUAAAAAGGGGUGGCCAUUAAUCUGACUCUGACCCUAGAUGGGUUGCCUUUGACUGGGUGGAUGCAAAGAGGUUAGUUGUUUGUUUGGUGUGAUGGAUUGCUUUUUGAACAUGGAGAUGGAUGGGAAAGUCUAUAUAUUUAAUAAAAGCAGCUGCAUAUUUUGGAAGAUGCGUGGAAGUUCACGUAUGUCCUCAUUGUCUAUUUAAUAUAAAAACUGCUGUCAGGAAAUGCAUUCAGGCAGCACUACUGCAUACACUUAGAAAUGCAUUGCCAGUAAUGUCCCAUGAAGACUAAAUAUCUUCUUUUUUUUUAAACCUUUAAGUCUUUUGUGUUUCACUGAUGGUAUAUUUAGCCAGGACGAGCUGACCUCCAGUCCCAGUGGAAAUGCUGGCAUUUUAACAUAGCACAAUGGAAAGCCUUUGAAUUUGCAUUCAUUUUAGUGAGCCAUAAAAGCAACAGAGUUUCCGAGCUGGCUCGGGAACUGUCCAGCAGUGAAAUGCCCAUAAAUAGUGAUGAUAAACUGCAUCUGUGUGUAAAUGAGCCAGCCACUGACACUUUGGCUCAUUUUCAAACAGCGGGUUUCACCUUUUCACCAUGCUGAGAGGAAACCUGCAGAAACAUUUAACGUUGAGACUUACACAUACAUUUUUCAGAGUACAAUGGAGGCUGUGUCACAAACAUCUCUCUUCCCGGUGCCCUUCACAGGCUGCUGUGGGGGUUACUACAAAGUCUUUCCGUUUACUCUCCAUUGCAAGGUAAUGUAGAAAUGUGUGGCCUCAUUGUCUGUGGGAUCAAUAAGGAUGUUUUUUGGCCAAUGGAACAGCAGACUAUUGAUCCAGAGAUCACUUGAUUAACUUGACGAACAGUCAGAACAUGUGAAUAAUGUUUGCAGGCAGGCCAAACAUUCCACAAAGAUUCAUAAAUUAGCCUCCGGUUUCAUCACAGCUUUAAUUAGCAGAUCUGUGCCAGUAUACCAUUUGUUAGCAAUGUCAAGAACCUGUUUUUCAUUUGGGGAAAAAUGCUUAGUUGAAUUAUUUAAAGAAAUGUGUUUGUGGAACACAAAAGCAUAAAUCGCAGUCAUGCCAAUACACAGAAAAUUAGAAUGACGCACACAUAAUAAGCACAUAUUUGGCGGCAGGAAGUGCAGAGUUAUGGUUAGUGAUGCUAAUGACUUGCUCGCUGAUGUACUGUAUUAGCUAACUAUUAAAGAGCAUUAUUUUCCGCAAUAUUGUUUUUGUUAAGUAUCACAUAAACCACUAAUUGAUUGCCUGUUGAACCAAUUAAAAGUCUGAGAUAUAUAACAUCAGAAAAUACUGAAGCAUUCUAGUUUUCUAAGCCUGAGGUAGCAUCGUCGGCUUAUAUUUACUGCUGCAAAUGGUAAAGAUAUUUGAAAAUCGGUUUAGUUAAUAUUGUACAAAUGUUUGGGCUGUUUCAGAAAAUGGGCUGAACAUUGCCACUUUCUUAAAAACACACAACUGCUGUGGCACCAGAUAUUUACAGACGAGGACCGUUGUUGUUUAUUGGUUUGAUUUUACCCACCAGGUGGCGCCAAAAUAGUAAAAUUAUCUGUAAGGUUUUGAUCGUACUGCCAAGUUUGACAUUUCUUUUUCUUUGCACUUCUCUUCUCUGCCUUCUGCGCGGUCUAAAGUAACAACAUGUAUUCCUUUCUGUUCUUCACUAAGCUCUUUCUCUCUCCUUGAAGUCGAUGCCCUCUGUAUCCAGUUGAUUCAAAAUAUCAGAUCACAUUUCCUCUGGCCUUUUGUCUAAUGGGCUUUUCGUAGAUCUCCUGAUUGGGAUAGCAAGUGAAAUAUUUGUGUGUGCACAAGAGAAGUCAAGGUUACCCUUUGAUACGCCAUCUGAUUCUAAAUAGCUAUAUUUUCUCCACAUUUAUCUGAUGAAGACAAUGUACCUUUCAGAUAUGCAUACACAGCUGCAGGCUGAGCUCUUUAGCCGUUGCCUUCCCCAAAGUGUCCCUUGUAGCAGUACUGUAUGACUAAGCAGAAACAGCUUCACUAGUACAAUGAUUGAUAUCUGAUACUUUGUGUCUUACUGAAUGCUGUCCGAGAACUAUUUCUCUCCAAGAGUUGAUCAAAGUAUGUUUGAGAACUCCAUUGCGCAGCAGCAGAGUCCCCAGACCUCGAGGCCAGGGCCGUCCUCGACCCGGCGCUCCGCGGCGAUGACUAAUUCCAACCCAGGGUCCAGCUGCGUGGACUCGCCCUCCUCUGGAGGACAGCAGAGGCUGAAAAAUGCCAUUAACCUGGGCAAAGCAGUCGGGGCAAAGGUCAAUGACUUGCUAAGAAGAAAAGAGCCCAGCAACCUCGGAGACAUUGGGGUCACGGAGGUCAACAAGAAUGUUGGUGCAGUUUGGAGCUGCAUGGAGCAACUCAGUCAGACUGCUGCCAGCAGCCACAUCACCUCCUUUGAAUCCUUCCCUCGGCUGGACCCUCCACCCCCAUCGGGGAAGAAGCGCCUCCCUCGAGCACUGAAGACGACCCAGGACAUGAUGAUCUCCUCUGACCCCGUGGUCUCCUCCCCCGACCCUGUGGAUUCUUCCUCCUUCCCUUCCUCCCCUGAGAAGACAUCCCCCAUCACUCAGGAGGAGAUAAGGAACGAGGAGGAGCAGCAGCAGGGAAAGGAGGAGGAAAAGAGGUCAUCGGGCCCAGCAGAGAGGAAACCCGGAGCUGAUUCUGAGACAGCUGAGAUCAAUGACAACGUGGAUACAGUGAUAGGUGGAGAAGAGGAUGGCGUAGAAGUGCGAAGUGCUGAUGAAGGCAUGGAUGAACACGUGCUCCAGCUCCAGCUCUCUGUACCAGACCUCAUCAAUAAAGAUCCCCCUCUGGAGUCCAAAGCCAAACAAUGCGACGUCUGGCAGAAGGCGCCGGGGCCGGACUUGCGGCUGGCCUCCACUCCCUGCUCGGGCAAAACUCCCUGCCGCAUCAGCCUGGGCGAGGAUGUCCUGCUGGGGAAUGGCGCCCCCUGUAGCAAAGCCACUGGAGGGAGCGCUGAAGACACGGAGCACCAUCCAGACCUGCUGUCGUUUGAGUAACACACAGACCUGGGGCCAAAUAACCAGUUCAGUAGAUUUCAAAAAGCAUUUGAAGUUUUUCUCUUAGUGUCCAUCCCAGAAACGUGUGUGGAGGUAAUUCAAACAGACUGCAGCGAGUACUGCAAAUCAACAAUUCACUGCCACUUUUCAAUUUUUCAACUCGACCUUCUCUGGGCUUUACUUUAGGAAAAGGGAACACAUACUUCAGGACCGAGGGCUCUUUAUCUUUUUUUUAAUCUGAUUUCUGGAUGUGGGAUUAGCUGAAAGGUCACGGUAAUUACGCCUUGCUUUCUAACACGGCUGAUCUGAGGUCAGCUGGACGCUUCAAGAAUCUUCUUAAUGAAUGAAAACAAAAGCUGACCAGCAUGAGACAAUGAAUGAGCAGCAACAGAGGAAAUAAGCGGGACUCUUUUAUGUGCAGUUUUUUAAUGCUUCUGAUUUAUUCCCUGUGUAUUUCUUAUGUAUAUCAGGUGUCUAACAUAUCAUGUCUUCCUCAGUAAUGUAAUGAUGAUGUAACAAUGAAUGUUUUAAGUGAGAUGAAAUAUCCUUUAAAUGGGCUAAAAUGUUACAGGCAGUUAUUGGCAAGUGUAACCACAAACAUUAAAUUUUAUAUUAUUUUAUCAGUAUUAAGAUAAAACACUAUUGUAUUUAGCACCACGAUAUUUUCGCUCUAUUUAAAGGGACAUUUCAUUGCAUUUUUGGUAUAAAUCAUACAAACGCUGCUGCAGCUCAAAGUUAUACAGCAAUAUAAUGUACAUUUAGACUCAUUUAACAUAACACUCAAGUGUUAGGAGUUAGGCGCAGGCUCGGGAAAAGGAGACGGAAGUGAGGGGUGGAGAGGCGGGAAGGAUGUGAAUGUGUAAGAUGGAAAAGGUUAGCGAGGAAUUUCCUUUCAGUUCAGUCGAUAUGAAAUGUCACGCAGCACUUUCUACUGCAGCAGGGGGAAGCCUUAUGACCCUCAGCUUCACCCUAAAGAAAUGAUCCCUGUUCAUUCUUGAGCCAACCUGGAACGGAACUUUCUCCAAAAUAGAUCUUUGGAACACACUUAAACUUUCGUUUCAGUUAUAUUUAUAUAGCGCCAAAUCACAACAACACCUCACCUCAAUGCGCUUUUUCUUGUAAGGUGAAGACCCUACAAUUAUAGAGAGAAAGCGUUUGCAAUUCCUGGCAAUGAGUCUUUUACAGCUCUGUGGAGGAAUUUUGAACCAUUCGUCUUUGCAGAAUUGUUGUAACUCAGCAACUAUUUGCACCAUAAAAAUUUGUUUGCCUGGAAAGUGAACUGAUGGAGCUGUGCGUUUGGAUCCAGGCUCAUAAUUUGACCAUAACUGAAACACCAAUAUGAUAAAGAUUUCCAAAAUCAUCUUCCCGCUGUGGCUGAACUGAAAGCGAAUUCCAGUGACCUCCUUAAAAACACUGAUGGAGAGUCGAAAGAGAGACGGGUGGAUGGACGGGCAGCUUUUGGAGGGAGGGCUGCUGGAAAGUUGUUUCUGAGCUGAGGAGGAGCAGGAUAAUUAGCUGUCGGCAGAAAGAGAUGAAAGAGGUGCGUUUUUAUUCGAGCAGAUCAUUAAGUGACAGACCAAAGACAGAAGCGAUUGGCUCCGUCAGACAUGCUGUUUUUUGUCACAUUAUUUUAGUGAGAAAGCAGGAGCAAAGAUUUCUGCAGAAGAGAUUCUCUCUCAUUUACUUUCACUUCAUCGACUCUGAAAAACAAAAAAAAACCCAAAGCCUGUGUAUUAAUACCUCUGUCGUAGCAGUUCACAUGCUCAUUUGAAACUUUCCGACUCAGAAAGGUUUUUUUAUCACUGUAAGAGCAGCACAAUCAAGUUGCCAUGGUUAUUGUAGCACAAGCAAAGCUGUAUUUUUAUAACACUACUGUGUGAGCAUCUGUUCUGCAGAUCUGUGCGAGUGGAUUAAAGUGGACUUUUGAACUGUGGAAAGUGAACACAAAGAUCCCAAUGCCCACACACUGAAAAGAACCCAUUUUCUGCGAGUGGCCUCAGUGAGUGACCUGCUGUCCUUGUAGGGAUACACUGACCUUAGAAAAUAUCAAAGAGUUCCCAGAGGACAGCGAGACAGAGGCACAGCCAGCGCUAGUCGUGGUCAGGUCGUGCCCGGCAGAAUGAGAGGAAUGUUGGAGCUGAAGUGAGACAGAUAAAGGAAGCUUUGUCUCAGUCUGUCUCUCUCUGACUUGGUCUUACUUACUGCCAUCCACCACCACAAUAAAGCAGCUGAUGUCUCCCAUUAAAGAGUUAUUUCACCCAAGUCACAAAACAUAACUGUCCCAUUAGCUUUAGUGAGCAAUCUGCAGGAUACUGUGGAGAUUUUCUGCUGUUUUCAGCACCCAGAGCAAUGCUAAUGAAGUGAGAGUGGCAGAUGUGACAGGUGGAAAUGAAAAGCAGCUUUUUUUUAAAAAAAAUGUGUAAACUGACCCUUUUAGGUAGAUGCAAGAGUGAAAAAAUAUCAUUUACUAUUACGAAAAAACAUAACUACUGACAAACACUGUUGUACGGUAUGAGCAGGGAAAAUAUAAACACCAUUAUUAAAAUGGGAUUCUUAAACCAAAGCAGUUUGUUAAAGAGGAUAGCUUAGACUUCACACUGCUCUAAGCACUCUGUAUGAUGUCAGUUAGUGGGGAUAUUCCUAAUAUGGUCAUUUAACCUCUUAAGCCCCAACGCCCCCUGAUACGUGGGCAAAAGGCAGGAGAUCAGUUAGGCUUGGGGCUUAAGAGGUCAAGUCCCCCCCACCUACUGUACAAACUUACUGUUUGUGAGGGGCAACCAGUCAGAAGGAAUGUGGCUUAAAGUGAGGGGAGGGCUUGUUUUUAACAGUGUUUGGUCUGACAAGCUGCACCAGUAUGAGGUAAAUAAGGAUUUUCUUGAACAGCAAAUAUUACAAAACCUCUAACGUAGAGUCCAAGAAUAUAAAUCUGUUGUAUGAAACAUGAGCAGAGCCCUGCCCACUUUAAGUGGCUCAGAAAAACUGAAAUCUGUCAAGUAAUGACCAAAACUGAUUUUUUUUUUCAUGUUUAUGUAGAGCUCGUCAGUCCCUAAACGAAACAAAAACCACCCUAAAAUAAAAAUUGUACGUUGUAGCCUGUCAGUCGAUGAUAAGCCAAGUGUCUCUCAGCACGGAGAUAAUUGCUUCACACGUGGAUGAACCACUUAUCAGAGAGGCUUUGAUUUGAUCUAACAAACACGGAGGAACGGGUUGAUAACAGCCACUCGGAUAGAGUCAGAAGGUAAAAGCAAUGCAACGCGAUCAUUAGUUCAGAGAAUACAUGGAGCAGCUUUACGAAUACACAAACACUAAAAAGCUGAUGAAGGAGGAACAGUGUACAUUUUAUGGAAAUGUUGUAAGGCUAUUUUUGCAAAUUCUGUGAAAACGUUAAUCACUUUGUUGCUCUAACAAAUGAAGGAAAGAGAUUUAUUUUGAUAUAUAGUCAGAGGCAAUCUGCGUUAUUUAGCUGCUGCAGAGUUUGAUAAAUGGAGAGGGAGAAAAUGACCACGCUUUGUCUGUGAUGUCAUGUCUUGCUUUUGUCUUUUCAACGCUGGUCGACAUGAUUUCAGCAGACAUGAUGAAUGAAGGAAGCUGAGUGCUGCACAUGGAGGCUUUUUCAAAACAAGCCCGAAGAAGACUGGGACCUUUUAGCAAUUCUACUUUAACUGUUGCAGAUUAUGUGACUCUGUCUCUUUUUUGUAUAAUGAAAAAUCAAAAUGAUUCAGUAAUUUGUUGCCUUUUAUCCUCCUAAUGUAGUUUUUUUCUAAAGUGGGGAAAUAAUUCCUCCAAUGGCUGUAAUCUUCUGCUAAAACAAAUCUGAAAAUAGACUUAAUCAUGAAUCUC